AUGACGCCCGACCUCGUUGCUCGUUUCUGGCUGGUGGAGCUUCAUGUCCGACUACCUGCAUGGCUAAGGGGCAUCACAAGCGCUUCUGCAUCCGUUGCGGUGAAACGACCCGGUAGCUCUAAGAAGCCCCUGGAGCCCGCCCCGCAACCAGCCCCAUACAAACCAACGCACUACCGGCAUAUCAUCUAUGCGUACGACGUGAUGGAGGAGAAGUGCGAGAUUCCCGUCUUGGAACACGAUCCCUUCGACUUCCUCGACCCUCAGAAGACGCUGGUCCCGCCCGAGAAUACCAUUCUGAUUGACCCGGUUGCAGUGGGCCUGCCGUGGUUCUCCACGAUGAAGGGGACUCCGCAGUGUAUCCACUGGCGCGAGGCCGAGGCGGCUGGGCUGGAACUUAUCGAGCAAGUCAUGGCGGCGCGGGGCGCAGGCGCUGUGAUCCCAGAGAAGCUCAAGACCAGCGACCAGCGCCGGAAGAUGAUGGAACUGGUCGAGACGGCCGUGACCAUCUGCAUCUAUCUGUAUGCCGUGUCGGAUGCGGCGCGGAUCCGCGUCCUCACCAAGUCGAUUGUGUUUCUGUUCCUGCACGAUGAUGUCAUGGAAUCGAAGGCCAACGCCGAGGGCAACUCCAUCCUUGAGGGGUGGGACACGGAUACCUUCAAGGCGAACGAGCUGGAGGGCGAGUCGCGCAAUGACAUCUUCCUCGAUUUCUGCCGGGAGGCCAUCGCGCUCGACCCAGUCCUCGGACUGGAGUUGAUGCAGGACACCGUUCGCUGGGCGCGUUACUCUCGGGUCAACAGCACCAAGGCUGACAAGACCCAUGCGACGUGGCAAGACUUCCGGGACUUUCGGGAGCUGGACAUUGCCUACGACUUUAUGAUUACGGCGGUUCGCUUUGGGGCUGCCAUCCUCUACGACCCUGCCGAGCGGCCCGUCUUUGAGUGGAUCGAGAAGCUCUACAUUCGCCACUGCCUCUACAUUAACGACCUCUACAGCUACGAGAAGGAAUUCCGCGAGCACCAGCAAGAGGGCGCCCCGCUGCACAACUCGGUACACAUGAUCGAGCAGGUCCUCUCCGUGCCCCCCGGCUCCGCCAAGGCAAUCCUCCGAUCCGUCUUGUGGGACUGUGAGCGCCAAGUCCGCGAGGAAUAUGUUCGGCUCAUGCAACUGCCCGAGUUGACCCACACACAGAAGGUCUAUCUCCAGCGGCUGAUUGAGAGCUUCGCCGGCAAUUAUAUGUAUUCCAUGAGCACCUAUCGGUACGCCCGGCUCAGUGGGAAGCUGAUCGGCCCGCCCCCAGAAGACUGCCUCUUGAAGAAUUAUGUGCAAUGA